CUCUCCAGUACUUGGAGGGCUUGCUGCUAAACAAUAUUUCCGACAUUCUGUCAGUGUCUGUGCUACAGAAUUAAACAUUGCAGGGCCAGGCAUAAUGUUGGUAGCUACCUCUAAAGCUGCUAUUCCAAGAAACAGGUUGUCUUUUGAGUGUGGUACACAUGAAAUGCUACCAUGUGCCAGUCGCGUCUGCUUGGAGUUCUCUAUUAACCUAUUAACCAUGGCUUACCUCACCGCACUGAUGCUGGUAAUAGCUUAUCUCUUCAAUGAAGUGCACAUUGUGGGGGAGAAAGUGAAUGGGCAGUUUGCUGUAGUGAAAAAAUGCCGUGAGAAAAGCACUGGUCAGCAGUUUGCAGCAAAAUUCAUCAAGAAACGGAGAACGAAAUCCAGCCGGCGCGGAGUGAGCCGGGAAGAUAUUGAGCGAGAAGUCGGCAUACUAAAAGAGAUACGACAUCCUAAUGUGAUCACACUGCAUGAUGUUUAUGAGAACAAAACAGAUGUCAUUCUUAUUCUGGAACUUGUUGCAGGUGGAGAGCUCUUCGACUUCUUAGCUGAGAAAGAAUCUCUUACAGAGGAGGAAGCCACAGAAUUUCUCAAACAGAUACUUAAUGGUGUUAAGUAUCUCCACUCUCUACAAAUUGCCCACUUUGAUCUUAAGCCUGAGAACAUCAUGUUGUUGGACCGGAAUGUACCAAAACCUCGAAUCAAGAUUAUUGACUUUGGUUUAGCACACAAAAUUGACUUUGGAAAUGAAUUCAAAAACAUCUUCGGGACGCCAGAGUUUGUUGCUCCUGAAAUAGUAAAUUAUGAGCCUCUUGGUCUUGAAGCAGAUAUGUGGAGCAUUGGUGUAAUAACUUAUAUUCUUCUAAGUGGUGCAUCACCAUUUCUUGGAGAAACCAAACAGGAAACAUUGGCAAAUGUGUCUGCUGUGAAUUAUGAAUUUGAGGAAGAGUUCUUCAGUAAUACCAGUGCCCUAGCUAAAGAUUUUAUACGAAGACUUCUAGUCAAGGAUCCAAAGAAGAGAAUGACUAUACAAGAUAGCUUGCUGCAUCCUUGGAUUAAGCCUAAAGACACCCAGCAAGCACUUAGUAGAAAAGCAUCUGCAGUGAAUAUGGAGAAAUUCAAAAAGUUUGCAGCACGACGAAAAUGGAAACAAUCAGUACGCUUAAUAUCAUUGUGCCAAAGAUUAUCAAGAUCUUUCUUGUCCAGAAGUAACAUGAGUGUCGCUAGGAGUGAUGAUACUCUGGAUGAGGAAGAUUCUUUUGUGAUGAAAGCUAUUAUUCAUGCCAUCAAUGAUGACAACGUUCCUGGAUUACAGCACCUUCUGGGAUCUCUGACAAAUUACGAUGUCAAUCAACCCAACAAGCAUGGAACACCUCCACUACUGAUUGCUGCUGGCUGUGGAAACAUUCAGAUGCUUCAGCUGCUUUUAAACCGUGGAUCCCGUAUUGAUGUUCAAGAUAAGGCUGGAUCUAAUGCAAUCUAUUGGGCUUCUCGACAUGGUCAUGUGGAAACACUGAAAUUUCUCAGUGAUAAUAAGUGUCCUUUGGACGUUAAGGAUAAGUCUGGGGAGACUGCUCUCCAUGUUGCAGCUCGGUAUGGGCAUGUGGAUGUGGUUCAGUUUCUCUGUAGCAUUGGAUCCAAUCCAGACCUUCAAGACAAGGAAGAAGAAACUCCACUGCAUUGUGCUGCUUGGCAUGGCUACUACUCUGUUGCCAAAGCACUCUGUGAAGCAGGUUGUAAUGUGAACAUUAAAAACAAAGAAGGGGAGACUCCGCUUUUGACAGCAUCUGCUCGGGGUUACCAUGACAUUGUGAAGUGCUUGGCAGAACAUGGGGCUGACCUUGAUGCAACAGACAAGGAUGGUCAUAUGGCCCUACACCUUGCUGUGAGAAGAUGUCAAAUAGAAGUAGUUAAAACUCUGAUCAGUCACGGAUGUUUUGUAGAUUUCCAAGACAGACAUGGCAACAGUCCCUUGCAUGUGGCCUGCAAAGAUGGGAAUGUUCCUAUUGUGAUGGCACUGUGUCAAGCAAGUUGCAGUUUGGAUGUCACUAAUAAGUAUGGAAGAACACCUUUACAUCUGGCAGCAAACAAUGGCAUUCUUGAUGUUGUCCGAUUCCUGUGUCUUACUGGUGCCAAUGUAGAAGCUUUAACUGCU